CACCAGUAUAUUUAUGUAUUGUAGUUGUUGUUUUAUAGAUAUAUUAUUGUUCUGCGUAUGAGACAAAUGAAAAUGUGUACGCGUUAAUAUCAUUAUUGACGUCAUAUUUAUUAACAGUCUAUCGGACAUCGUUUAAAGACUAUCAGAAUUUUAUUUCACCUUAACUUACGAUUUAUUUUGUUCUAUAACAUUUAAACGCGAAAACAUCAAUAGAAUGGCAAUAUGACGUCUUCUAUUGUUUCGCUUAAUUUUCAGUAAUUGUAACAAAACUUUUACAUGAUUGUUAUUAUUCCUUUUCAUUAAUAUAAUUACGCAAAAACGUAUUUAUAUUGAAUGGUUGGCGAAUAAAAAUCUGACAAACUGGAUAAGCUACCUGAAUAUCUCCGCGAUACCGUGGAUUGGUUUAUGGGAAAAGGCCGUAAGUCUAAAGAUAAAGAAUUAUUGUGUAAUGAUGACAACAAAUUAUAUUUAGAUGAAUCUGUAUUAGAAAAAAAAUUACCUGAUAUUGAUCUUAGAAUAUUAGUUGAUAUACCUAAUGGUAUUGAUUACAAUGAGUGGCUUGCGUCACAUACUAUUUCAAUAUUUGAUAAUGUCAACUUAAUUUACGGAGCUAUAUCAGAAUUUUGUACAAUAUCUGGUUGUCCAGACAUGAUAGGCCCAGGUUAUAGAACCUAUUUAUGGUUUGAUGAAAAAGGCAAAAAGUCUCGAGUUGCUGCUCCCUUAUAUAUAGAUUAUGUUAUGACUUAUAUUCAAAAAACUAUCAAUGAUGAAACAAUAUUUCCGACAAAAUAUGCAAAUGACUUUCCUGUUGGAUUUGAAGUAGUUGUACGAAAAAUUUUUCGAUUGUUGUUUCAUGUGUUAGCUCACUUAUACCAUAGUCAUUUUCGUGAAUUAGUGUUAUUAAAUUUGCAUUCUCAUCUAAAUUGUGUCUUUUCUCAUUUAUCUGUAUUUAACCACAGAUAUCAGUUAAUUGAAUUACGUGAAACUGAAAUACUUCAAGAUCUUGUUCAAGCUUUAAAAAUUUUAGGAAAUAAUGAAGAAUGUACUAAUAUUAACAAUGAUGAUGUUAAUGCAUUAUUUAAAGGUGUUGUGAACAAAGAACCAACCGUAUCAUACGCUGAUCAACCUUUAAAUAUUUUUCCGAACUCGCCCUCCUCUACACAUACUUUAGCUACUCAGAUUAGUAAUUUCUAGUCUUGUAACACUUUAUAAUACAUUUAUUUAUUUUUUCUGUAAAUUAAUUUUUUAUUAAAUUAUUUUAAGUUAGAAAAGAUAAUGAUUAUAUAGUUUUGAGCUAUAACAGUACCAUUAUAUAUAUUGAGCUUCUAUUAUUUUUAGAGUUAAAUAUUGAGGUAGUAAAUUUCUUUACUAUCAGUAUUUUCAAAUGUUUUUACUGUGUUUAACAUUAAAAAAUUUAGAAAAAGAAAUUGGAAAUGUUUCAUUUAAAACUGUCUCCAUAAUGUAUCUCAUUCAUCCAUGUUCCUGUUUAAGAGUAUAUUGUAACAUAAGUUAAUACAACAUAAACAUAUAAUUUUAGUAUAACAAAAUAGUGUUAACCCUCCACAUUACUUAACAACUUAAAAUAUUUCAUUUUAUUUCACUUCUUAUAAAUGUAUGGGUAUUAAUAUUCUUUAGAAAAUAAUUUUCAGUACCAUCUCAAAUCAUGAAAACUUAAAACUAUUAUUUGAAUACAUGACUAAACUAAAUUAUUCUUUAAAAAUGCUUUGCUUAUUUCUGUUAUUUUCCAAUACAUUACAAUAUGUAAUAAUAAAUUUUCCUAAUUAUAACUCUGUGGUUUAGUACAAAAGGCCUAUUGUUGUAACAUUUAUUUCACUAUUUUUUUUUUUAUUUUUUAUUAUCAAAAAAUAAUAGAAAAUAUCAGUGUUCAGUAAGUAAGGAAACGGGUUUCUAUUGUUUUCAUUCUAUGUAACAAUUUACUUGAGUCCUUACUUACUGAACAGUCUGUAUAAUUAUUAAUAAUUAAGCUGAAUUUUGUAAGAGAUAUGACCUUUGACCUUUCUUGCAUUUAAUAAUAGUAAACUAAAAAUUUUAUUAUAUAACAUCAUUGUUGAAUAAAUUUGGUCUUUAUUAUUUUUAUAUAUAUAAAAUUGAGAUUGCUUAAAACAAAAUAUUGUAAAUAUUUAAGUUUUUAUAUUGUCUUUUGUGAUUUACUCAAAUAUUGUGAUAGUUAAUUAUGAGUUAUGAUAAAAAAAGAAAUGUAAUUAAUUUGGGGAUUGUACUUAUUUUAUUAUUGUUGUUAUUUAAAAUUAUUUAUACUAUACAUAUAUAGUAUUGUUUAAUAAAUUAUAUAGUUAAACGUGACAAUAUUCAAAGUCUAAUCAAAUUUUCAUGUCCAAUUAAUAUUUUUAAAUUAACUUAAACUUAUUAAAAAUGUAUAUACAAAAUAUAUUUUUUUGGAUCUUAUUUAACAUAUUAAAUGUUUAAAAAAAAUAGCUUAAAUUGAUACCGUCCAAUGUUUAUUUUUAUAUUUUGAAGUAGUAAUUCUUCUAAAACUUUGUUACCAAAAUAAUUCUUUAUAGUAAUUUUAUCAUUUACUUAUGUAUAAUUUUUCUGUUGUAUAAAAAUUAGGAUAACCUUAAUUUUUAUUUCUAAAAAUAAAAAAAAAUUAUAAAUUACUUAUUUGUUAUGUUACCUAACUUACUAAGAGUUUGUAGUUGUACC